AGAAAACCUGCACCCUCAUGGCUCUUUCUGGAACAGGUUGCCUACCCCUGCUUUAGAAAAACAAUGUUUCAUUUGCUUUGUAAGCAGAAUGGGGGCUACUAGAACACAGAUGGUUCACAUUGCAUCUCUUCCUCUAAAAAAUUCUUUUACAAAGCCGUUUUUAAGGAGGAUAUUCAAAAACGAAAGAAGAAAUUUUCAUAAAACCUGGUGAGAGCAUUGGGCCUACUCUGGAACCGAAAAUUGCAGUUCGGGACAGAUGUUAUGGGCCACUGGCGUCCGGGCAGAGGAGAUGAGUUUUCCUGUAAACAUCACUGCGAGUGUUGUAAUAGAAAACAUGUUACUCUGCGUCUUCUUUCUGUCAGGUGUUUUGGCAGAUUGUGUACAACAUUUGUCCAUUACUGCACCAGUGGAACUGGAGGCCCAUGGAUCUUGUCUGAAAAUCCCCUGCAACUACAGCACUGAAUCAACUACAUUUAACGGCAGGAACAUUUAUGGAAUUUGGAUAAAAAGUAAUGCUAAUUCGGCUCCAAUCCAAACAAAUGUCAUUUUUAACAGCUCAAAGACAGACAAUGCCUAUCCAAUGACGAUUACCGGAAACCUGUCUGAGAAAAACUGCCACCACCCCUGUUCACCAGUUUAAUUCCCACGAUAUUCAGACACCUACUUCUUCAGAAUUGAAACUGGAAAAUUUUUGGCAACAUCAACGUGUAAUUCUCUUCAAAUCAGAGUAAAAGAAUCUCCACCGAGCCCCAGAAUUGAAACAUCAGCUGUGUUGAAGGAGAACAAACUCAUCAAUAUAAGCUGUUGGGCGUCCACGCCGUGUCCUCUGUCUCCUCCUAAACUCACCUGGAAUCUCCAAAUGGACUCUCAGAAUGUAAUCGUGGAAAAUCCAGACCAAACUUUAGAGACAACAAUCCGGCACAGCAUCAUUCUUUCAGACAAAUAUGAUGGAUUUGAAAUCAUUUGUUUGGCUGUAUACCCUGUGAAUGAUGGAAAAGAUAUCAAGACAACAAAGAAAAAUAUAACUCUCAGCGUACUGUAUGCACCAAAAGACACCUUGGUAGAUGUCAGUCCAUCAGGGUUGGUGGCAUUAGGGACCUUGGUGAACCUGAGCUGCUCCAGCAGAGCCAAGCCUCCUGUUAGACAAUUCAUCUGGAUGAAGAGUGAUGAAAAAGGACCUAUGAAUGUUUCGUCAGGAUACGUCUACAGCUUCAACGUGACCGGCGUUGAUAAAGGUGGAGAUUAUUACUGCAUGGCGAUAAAUGAGCUUGGUAAUGACACGUCAUUAAGGAUUCAUCUGACUAUACAAGGAUUAGAAAAACCAAAUAUCUUUGUACAAUGGAAGCCAAUUGUCGGAGGGAUUUCUGGGAUCAUCCUGCUCAUUUGCCUCAUCGUCUUUGCUUUGUGGUUAAAGGAGACACACCAAACUUCACAAGAAGUCCAGAGAACAUUUGAAGAACCAGCCCAAAAAAAGGAAGAACACAUCCAUUAUGGAGAGCUCAAUUUCACCAAGAUGAGCCACAAAAAGACCUCUGACACAGCACAGGAUGGAGAACAGCACCAGGACACUGUGUAUGCACAGGUCAAACUGACAAACAUGUCAGCACAGGCUGCUAGGGUUGCCAACUCUAUGAAAAAUAAAUAAGGGACAUCUCACCGCCAGGGCCGACCGGCCGACUGACCAUUGCCUUCACCCUUCCCAGCGUCCGUGUGAAACUAUUUUUAACCAUUUGACU